GGGUGGUGUGUUCAUAGUCCAAGCCAACAGAUCCAGGCCAUUGAUAAGAAAAUUGAAAGUAAGGAUGGUUGGUAAAGAGAGGAGAGAAAUAAAGAGGAAGAAAAAGAGGAGAAAGGUUAUUUUUGUACAAAUAAAUAUAUAUAGAAAGGGAGGGAAUGGUCAAGUAAAAGUUUAUUACAAUCAGAAGAAAUAAUACUUGGAUCAUUCUUCUUAAUAUUUUGUUUUGACCAAAAAAUUAAAUGACCCUUCCAGUGUUGAUGAAUAUGGGAAGUAUUGAUAAUUUAUUUUUAAUGGAAAUUAAUGAGAUUUAUCUAGGAUUUAAAUGUUAAUACCUACCUAUAUAUAUUCCUCUAUAUUACAAGGUUUACAAGCAGGAAUAGAAAUUCUGCCCUUCUAAUUGUUAUUGCUUACUAUGUAAUUCGCUAAUCACAUUCAGGUGCCCCAACAAUUAAUCUACCUAAUUUCUUUCUUAUUGCCUGAAUCAUUCUUCCCUAACUUCUCUCCCAUCUCUUUUUGUUUUCUAAAUUCUAUUUUGCUAAUUAAAUAAAUUUUUUAGAAAUAUUUUAAUUGAAAAAGGAAAAUUCUUUAAUUGGAGGAUUAAAAAUUAAAGAAGGGAAUGGAUCAAAAUGCUUGUGCCGAAUGUGGAUAUACAACGGCCGAUUUAAAUGAAUUUAAUAAACAUGUAGAAUGGCAUGAAGAUUUAAAAGAAGGAGAAGAAAUAUUUGAAACAAAUGAAGAAGAAAAGUUAUUGAAAGAAAUUAAGGAGGAAGAGGAAGGAGAAUUUUUAGUAAAAAAGAAAAAAAGAAGACUAAAAUUUGAAAAUUUAAAUGAAAAGAAUUUAACAGAAUUAGAAGAAGGACAACAAAAAAUGGAAGAAAGUGACAAUUUAAAUAAUUCAAAUAAAAUGCUUGGACAUUUGGCUGAUUUGGGGAGAUUUUUAAAUGAAGCUGUUGCUGCAACUAAUAAAAAUAAAAAUAAUUUAAUAAUUAAAGAAGAAAAUGUUGAAAAUAAUUUAAAUAUAUUUUGUAAUAAUAAUAAUUGUUUUUUACAAGAAGAACAAAUAACAAAAAAUAAUUUAAAUAAUCAACAAAAUGGGGAGGAAGAAGGAAUAAUAAUUAAAAAAUCAUCAAAAAAUAAAAAAUUAAAUAAUAAAAAACAAAACGGGAAUGGGGGAGGGGGAGGAGGUAAAACAACACAUAAAUGCCCCCAUUGUACAUUUACUACAUUUAUGUCUCAACAUAUGAAAAGUCAUUUGAGAGCACAUGAUAAUUUUGUUGGUCAAAUGUAUAUUUGUGAUCUUUGUGGAAUGGCGUUUUCUCAGAAAGCAAAUAUGCAUAGACAUAGAGGUACACAUUCUGGAAUGCAAGAACAUUCAAUGACACAUAUAAAGACAGGAAAUGAUUUUGACUGCCCGGUUUCUGGUUGUUCUUUUAAAUUUUCCCAACAUAAUUUACUUAAACAACAUCUCGAUCAAAAACAUGCCAUUUCCCCUUCUUUGCAGGGGCAGUGUAAACUUUGUAAUUUGCAAUUUUCAAAUGCUCGCCGUCUUUUAAUGCAUUACCAAACAAAACAUGAGGAAUAUGCAAGUAAUGAUUCACCCGUUCUUGAAGGGCAAUCGCCGGUGAAAAGAUUAAAUAAUUGUUUAACAAAAACAUCUCCUCCUUCCUCACCAUCAGAAUUAACAACAGAAACAUCCUCCUCCUCCCAACAACAACCUUCCUCUCUCCAACAAAAUGAUCAAAAUUUUUCUUUUCCCUCAUCGUCUAUCAAAAAAAUUGGACGAAAACCAAGGAAAAGGCCAAGAUUGUUAUUAUCCCCUUCGUCCUCUACUACUAUAAAUUCUUCAAUUAAACAACAAAUAAAUAAUAAUAAUUUAAUAUUAGAUAAUAAUUCUUUAAUUAAUUCCUCCAAUCAUUAUUCAAAUAAAACAAAAGUUCUACCAGUCAAUGGCUGUAUUUCAUUUUCCCCCGCAACAUUUUCUGAUGCCCCUACAACUUCUUCUUCUAGCACUUUAAAUGGUUAUAACGUGGAAGAUUUAUUAAAAUUAGAUUGUGGUGGAAGUGAUAACAACACAAAUACUAGUUAUUAUUCUUCCCCUUCUUCUUCAUCCUUAUCUACAAAAGAACAACAAAACCUUCAAUUAUCAACAAUAUUUACUUCGACGGUACUUAUUAUAAGAAAUGGGACGGGGUACUCAAAACGCAGACUUUUUUCGACCCUAAACUCGUUUCUGAAUUUUAGGCUGACUUAA